GGGGCCCGGGGGGACCCCACAGAGCCAUGAGGCCUUCGGUCACUUGCUUGGCCUCCCCAGGUCUCACUCUUUCUACUCGUGACAUGACUGUUCUUGCAGCUCUGAACUUCCGCGGCUCCACGCUCUCCUGGCGGAGCACCGGGGGAGGGCAGGGGCGUGGAGCCCGUACCCUGUCUGCUUUGGGAGGGUUAAGGGAGAUUUAAGGGAAUGAGCGGGAAGAGCGUGGGGCCAGUGAGAGGCAAAGUGUACAAGCCAGAUCUUUUAGCGCGGGAGGCAUCCACGGCGUGCAUCCCAUCCACGGCGACCUCAUCUAGUUUGGUGAACUUGGGGUUCUUAUCACUCCCAUAUUACAGAGGUGGAAACUGAGGCCCAGAAGGGUGAAGCCAUAGAUUUGGUUUUAGGAAUCUGGGCUGAGCCUGGAUGGGAACCUUGGUUUUCCCGUCGGUAGUCUCCUUGCGUCCCCGUGUCCAUGUGCACAAAUGGGCGGAAUUGAAGAACCUAAAGAAGAAUUCUGAAGAGGAGGCCAGGAGGUUAGAGAGGGAGGAGGGGAGACACACAGGGACUUGGGCUGGGAGACCAGAAAUAACAGGUCUCUGCUUUCUAGACCUCUGCUGUGUGAUUAGGCAAAGCUCCUAGCCUCUCUGGGCCUCAGUUUCCCCAUCUGUGAUACCAGGUGGUUGCAUUCAAUCUUUAAGAUUGAGGGGCCACAGACCAAAUAUGGUCCUCCAGAUACACAAGUAAUCUUGGGUGAUCGCCAUCUGGUGAACAGCAGGGCCCAUGGCGGACACCCAGUACAUCCUGCCCAGUGACAUUGGCGUGUCCAGCCUGGACUGUCGUGAGGCCUUCCGCCUGCUGUCACCCACUGAGCGCCUCUAUGCCCACCACCUGUCUCGGGCCGCCUGGUAUGGAGGUCUGGCUGUUUUGCUGCAGACCUCUCCUGAGGCCCCCUACAUCUAUGCCCUGCUCAGCCGCCUCUUCCGUGCCCAGGACCCUGACCAGCUGCGCCAGCAUGCCCUGGCUGAGGGCCUUACCGAGGAGGAGUAUCAGGCAUUCCUGGUCUACGCCGCCGGCGUCUACUCCAACAUGGGUAACUACAAGUCCUUUGGCGACACCAAGUUUAUUCCCAACUUGCCCAAGGAGAAGCUGGAACGUGUGAUCCUGGGAAGCAAGGCUGCCCAGCAGCAUCCGGAAGAAGUGAGGAGCCUCUGGCAGACCUGCGGGGAGCUCAUGUUCUCUCUGGAGCCCAGGCUUCGACACCUGGGGCUGGGGAAGGAGGGAAUCACCACCUAUUUCUCUGGGGAUUGUACCAUGGAAGAUGCCAAACUAGCCCAAGACUUUCUGGACUCACAGAACCUCAGUGCCUACAACACACGGCUCUUCAAGGAGGUUGGCCAGGAUGGGAAGCCCCACUACGAGGUGCGACUGGCCUCCGUGUUGCGCACAGAGCCUGCUUUGGACCAGGAAGUGGCUUCCAAGCUGAAGGGCUAUGAAUUCCGGGGGAGUCAUUUCCAGGUGACCCGGGGGGACUAUGCACCCAUCCUCCAGAAGGUAGUGGAGCACCUGGAGAAAGCCAAGGCCUACGCGGCCAACAGCCACCAGGAGCAGAUGCUGGCCCAGUACAUGGAAAGCUUCACUCAGGGCUCCAUCGAGGCCCACAAGAGGGGCUCACGCUCCUGGAUCCAGGACAAAGGCCCCAUCGUGGAGAGCUACAUCGGGUUCAUCGAGAGCUACCGAGACCCCUUUGGUUCCCGUGGAGAAUUUGAAGGCUUUGUGGCCAUGGUGAACAAGGCCAUGAGUGCCAAGUUUGAGUGUCUGGUGGCAAGUGCGGAGCAGUUGCUGAAGGAGCUGCCCUGGCCCCCAGCCUUCGAGAAGGACAAGUUCCUCACCCCUGACUUCACCUCCCUGGAUGUCCUCACCUUUGCUGGCUCCGGCAUCCCUGCUGGCAUCAACAUCCCCAACUAUGACGACCUGAGGCAGACUGAAGGCUUUAAGAACGUGUCGCUGGGGAAUGUGCUGGCCGUGGCCUACGCCACGAAGCGGGAGAAGCUCACCUUCCUAGAGGAGGAUGACAAGGACCUGUACAUCCGCUGGAAGGGGCCUUCCUUUGACGUGCAGGUGGGGCUGCACGAGCUGCUGGGCCAUGGCAGUGGCAAACUCUUUGUCCAGGAUGAGAAAGGAGCCUUCAACUUUGACCAGGAGGCGGUGAUCAACCCAGAGACCGGGGAGCAGAUUCAGAGCUGGUACCGGAGCGGGGAGACCUGGGACAGCAAGUUCAGCACCAUCGCCUCCAGCUACGAAGAGUGCCGGGCGGAGAGCGUGGGCCUCUACCUCUGCCUCAAUCCCCACGUGCUGGAGAUCUUUGGCUUCAAGGGGGCUGAUGCGGAAGAUGUGAUCUACGUGAACUGGCUCAAUAUGGUUCGGGCCGGGCUCCUGGCUCUGGAGUUCUACACCCCCGAGGCCUCCAACUGGAGACAGGCCCACAUGCAGGCCCGGUUUGUGAUCCUGAGGGUCUUGCUGGAGGCUGGCGAGGGACUCGUUACCGUCACCCCCACCACAGGAUCCGACGGGCGCCCCGAUGCCCGGGUCCGCCUUGACCGCAGCAAAAUCCGGUCUGUGGGCAAGCCCGCGCUGGAGCGCUUCCUGCGGAGGCUUCAGGUGCUAAAGUCCACGGGGGACGUGGUUGGAGGCCGGGCCCUAUAUGAGGGGUAUGCGGCCGUCACCGAUGCGCCCCCCGAGUGCUUCCUCACCCUCAGGGACACGGUGCUGCUCCGCAAGGAAUCUCGGAAGCUCAUCGUCCAACCCAACACCCGCCUGGAAGGCUCGGAAGUGCAGCUUCUGGAGUACGAAGCCUCGGCUGCUGGCCUCAUCCGAUCCUUCUCCGAUCGCUUCCUCGAGGAUGGGCCUGAGCUGGAGAAGGUCCUCACCCAGUUGGCCACAGCUGAUGCCCGCUACUGGAAGGGCUCCAGCGAGGCCCCAUCAGGCCAGGCCUGAGGAGGAUUUGUGGGUCCCUCCUCUCACGCCAUCAAACCAAGACUGCAGUGGCCCCCUUGAAGCGGGUGUGAGGGGUGAGGGAAGGGGCAGGGGCUGGAACCUUGGUGCUACCUCAGCCGAGGGUGGUGUCACUAAUCUUCCAUCUGUCAGCACUUUGCAGUUCACCAAGUGCUUCCCCUGUGUUCCCUCACUCGUGCUGGGCGGCCCUCUGUGACGUGAGCCAGACGGGGCUCCUGCAACCAAUUUCCCAACAAGGCAACGAAAGUUCUGAGAAGGGACCUGUCUAGAUCCACAGAACUCGAAACGGUUUCUCCCAAUCCAGCACUGUUCUGUAUUACUUUUAUAACCAGAAAAAUAAAUAUUACAACCAUCGCCAGC